UUAGUCCUUUUAUUAUUUUCCUUUUGGCACAGCAAAUCUCUUUCUUUAUUUUUCUUCCUGAAAAUGGUACUCAUUAAAAUAUAUGUCAAUUUUGAAUUAUAACAUAUGCUUAUAUAUAGUCUCUCUCUGUUCUCUAUACUUUUUUGUUCUUUGUACAGAUUCAUAAAAGACAUCAAUUGGGGUUUGAAUUUUAAGUUAAUAGACAAGGGGUUAAGCAAAAACCCAUAGAAAUUGAAGACAGAUCAUGGAAGAUUCACGUGAAAUGCAUUCUGAAGAUGAUAAAGGUCAUACUGGGAAAAACAGGGCCAGAAUAAUCAAGACACCUGCACAAAGAAAAGGUCUCGAGAAAUUUUAUCAGGAACAUAAGUAUCCUACAGAGUCGAUGAAAUUGGAAGUGGCCCAGUCAUUGGGAUUAACAGAAAAGCAAGUUUCUGGGUGGUUUUGUCAUAGGCGGUUGAAAGACAAGAGGCUAUUAAGUCGGGGAACAUAUGCAAACGGAAGACAAGAUCGUUCAAGUGGCGUCAUUCAGGACCGUGGCAGUGGUUUUAGGCAGGAUUCUUGCGGAAGUACUAAGCAAGGAGAUGAUAAAAAUUUUGAUCAUCGGGAAGUUGAGAGUAGAAGAUUUGCUGAUGUGACGCGUGAAGUUGAUACUCGGUAUAGAGCAGAGUCUAAUCUCAUGGAGGACACACCUUCAGGAAGUACCUCUUCCUUACGGGAUGCACGUUUUUCACAAAAUGUAGACUCAUUUGAUAUGGCAACUUCAAGAUAUCUACCGUGUAAUCAACUCACUGAUCUUAAGAGUGUGAAACCAAGGACCGGCCCAUCAGGGUAUUUAAAAGUGAAAGGCCAGGUAGAAAAUCCUUCAAUUACUGCUGUGAAGAGGCAAUUGGGAAGUCUCUACCGGCAGGAUGGUCCACCACUUGGUGUUGAAUUUGACCCGCUUCCACCGGGUGCUUUUGAAUCAUCAGAGCAAACUCCUGUUGACGACCCUGAGUGUGAUGGAGAACCUGUUCCAGAUCUUACACCAGAUUUCACUGAAGUCUACAAGCAAUCCAAUUCAUGCAUAGAAUAUGGGUCCAUCUCCAAGACAAAUUCUCAUGUCUCUGAUUUGGAUGGUGCAAGUUUCAAGAAAUCACUCAAGUCUACUCAUCCGGAAUAUUACAUCAACCAAAAGCCUGGUGAAAAUUCCUCUAUGCACAAUGGCGAUCGUUACUAUCUUGGGCGGAACUCAUCAAUAGACAUGCGCAAAGAUUCCAGAAGAGAAGUGGCAGUUGAUGGCAGAUGCAACUAUAAGUUUAUGGCUAAACAUGAUGGUGCAGAAAUUAAAACUAGUCCUGGCUCUAGCGGUGGUUUUCGAAGUCCCUACAUUGGAAAAGUCAAUAGAGAGCAGGUGACGCCUAGAGUCACUAGCUGCAAUGAAGUGAGCCUUAAGAUUGUGGAGGAGGAAGAUCUUGAAUGCAAGCCUUCAAAUUUUGUCCGGAAGGGAAGUAAGCAUCGUUAUUUUCCACAGAGAGAGCUAUCCAGUAAAGUUGAAAAGGAUUACAUCCAUGUGGACAGACCAGCCAUUGAUGAAAAUUAUAAUGUUGAUCGCGUGAAGAUACCCUGGGAUAAUGAAAUGAGGGCUGCCAAAAGAGUAAGGGAUGAAGCUCGUAACCAUCAAGAGUAUAUGAGGAAAGCAUCAGUGACACGAAUGCCAUCCCAGACAAAUCAUCAAAUAAGGUCUGCUGCACAGAUGCCAUCUAGCUUUAGUGAAGAUGACAAAACAGAAGAAACCAGUUCUUUUGAGGGUUGAGAGACUUGCUGUUGAUUAGAGAAAAGUUGAAAGUCCAGAGAAGCUGUAGUGAUUCUUGGAUUCCUAUUUGUUAAUAGAACUUCCUUUGAAUUUGUACAGAUCAAAACAAAUUCUUCUGUUUUGUGAAAUUGUGGAACUUUGGUCUUUGUACAGUAAAAGUAGUAGUAAAAUAUUUCAAUUGUAGUAGCUGGAUGCUGAAAUUAGGAGAAUAUGAGUAGAUGUUGCAGCCAUUUGAGCUUUAGAUGUAAUGAGGAGUUAAUCAAAAUAAAUCUUCAUUUGUU